AUGGCCGACGAAGAAGUCAACCUCUACGACGAAGUCGAGAUCGAAGACUGUUUCUACGACGAGACUCUGCAGAUCUACCACCACCCAUGUCCAUGUGGCGACCGCUUCGAGAUUUCCAUCUAUGACAUGCGCGACGGAGAAGACAUUGCGCGCUGCCCCAGCUGUAGUCUGAUGAUACGCAUCAUCUUCGACCCGUCCGAUCUCCCGCCCGAGAACGACGAUGCGCCCAAGAGCGUUGCGAUUACCGCCUAG